UCUGCAUCCAACCGUCAUUUUAUCUGUGAAACGCUAGUAAAACAUAACCUGAAAGGCAGUCUUCCCAGCUCUAACGCGACAUCGCUGUCAUUAAGGAAAACCUGUGCCUGAGUUGGCUGAGUACUGUCUUGCAGAGUCCUCUGUCCUCGCGGAGUGGGAGGGUCACACUGGGAGAGACUAAUAAGGGCAGAGAUGCGUCCCCCUUCCCCACUCGCAGGGAGCUCACUCCUCCGCGGUGCCGCAGCCGUGUCCGGACUCCACUGCGCCUCUGAGGGGCUCAAACACGAAUUCAAGAUUCGUGGCCACUUGUUCACAUGGUUUCAAGGCACAAUGAGACACACUGGCCCUUGGAAACUUUGGCUUUGGAUGUCAGUGUUCCUGCUUCCUGCUUCCACUUCCGUGACCAUUAGGGACAAGACAGAAGAGUCAUGCCCUAUCCUGAGAGUAGAGAGACAUCAGCUGACAUAUGACAAUAUAAACAAACUUGAAGUUUCAGGUUUUGAUCUAGGAGAGAGCUUUUCUUUGAGACGUGCAUUUUGUGAAAGUGAUAAAACCUGUUUCAAAUUGGGAAGUGCACUUCUUAUUAGAGACACUGUUAAGAUAUUUCCCAAAGGCCUUCCUGAGGAGUACUCUGUAUCCGCCAUAUUUCGAGUACGAAGAAACACCAAAAAGGAACGAUGGUUUCUGUGGCAGGUUUUAAACCAGCAGAAUAUUCCACAGAUUUCUGUAGUAGUUGAUGGUGGAAAGAAAGUGGUGGAAUUUAUGUUUCAAGCCACGGAGGGAGAUGUGUUGAACUACAUUUUUAAAAAUCGAGAACUUCGUCCUUUGUUUGAUCGUCAAUGGCAUAAACUUGGCAUUAGUAUACAAUCCAGGAUCAUUUCACUCUAUAUGGAUUGUAAUUUAAUUGCAAGCAGGCAGACUGAUGAAAAGGAUACUGUGGAUUUCCAUGGACGGACAGUUAUUGCUGCGCGAGCUUCAGAUGGCAAGCCUGUGGAUAUUGAACUUCACCAACUUAAAAUCUACUGUAGUGCAAACUUCAUAGUUCAAGAAACAUGUUGUGAAAUGUCAGAUACUAAGUGCCUAGAACAGGAUGGUUUUGGAAGUAUUGCAUCAUCAUCAGUAACUGCUCAUGCCAGCAAAAUGUCUGCAUAUCUGCCAGCAAAGCAGGAACAUAAAGACCAGUGCCAGUGCAUUCCAAACAAGGGAGAAGCAGGAUUACCAGGAGCUCCGGGUUCACCUGGGCAGAAAGGGGAUAAAGGAGAGUCGGGUGAAAAUCGUUUACAUGGUGCUCCAGGAUUACCUGGUCAAAAGGGUGAACAAGGAGAAAAAGGAGAUCCAGGUCUGGCUGGCCUUAAUGGAGAAAAUGGUUCAAAAGGUGACUUGGGUCUUCCUGGUCCACCUGGCCCAAAAGGAGAAAAGGGAGAUAGAGGACCCCCAGGACCACCAGCCUUACCUGGUUCCCUGGGGAUACAAGGCCCCCAAGGUCCACCUGGAAAAGAGGGUCAGAGGGGAAGACGAGGGAAAACAGGACCUCCAGGAAAACCAGGACCCCCAGGACCGCCUGGACCUCCUGGAAUACAAGGAAUACACCAGACUCUUGGUGGAUAUUAUAACAAGGAUAACAAGGGAAAUGAUGAACAUGAAGCUGGUGGCCUGAAAGGAGAUAAGGGUGAAACUGGACUUCCAGGAUUUCCAGGGUCUGUUGGCCCUAAAGGACAAAAAGGAGAACCUGGGGAACCUUUUACAAAAGGAGAUAAAGGAGAUAAAGGAGAACCUGGGAUAAUAGGAUCACAGGGAGUAAAGGGUGAACCUGGAGAUCCCGGUCCCCCUGGUUUAAUAGGAAGCCCAGGACUAAAGGGUCAGCAAGGAUCUGCAGGCUCCAUGGGACCCAGAGGACUGCCAGGAGAUGUUGGAUUGCCAGGAGAACAUGGUAUCCCAGGAAAACAAGGCCUUAAAGGAGAAAAGGGAGAUCCAGGUGGGAUCAUAGGCCCUCCAGGGCUUCCAGGUCCAAAAGGUGAGGCUGGUCCUCCAGGAAAAAGCCUGCCAGGGGAACCAGGAUUAGAUGGAAAUCCUGGAGCACCUGGUCCACGUGGGCCAAAGGGUGAAAGAGGACUUCCAGGUGUUCAAGGUUCCCCAGGGGACAUAGGCUCACCAGGGGUAGGAAUUCCUGGCAGAACAGGCUCCCAAGGACCAGCUGGAGAGCCAGGUAUUCAGGGUCCUCGAGGUCUUCCUGGGUUGCCAGGAACUCCAGGGACUCCGGGAAAUCAUGGAGCUCCAGGGAGGGAUGGAAAGCCAGGCCUGCCAGGCCCCCCAGGUGACCCGAUUGCACUUCCUCUCUUGGGAGACAUCGGUGCUUUGCUCAAGAAUUUCUGUGGCAACUGCCAAGCCAGUGUCCCAGGGCUGAAAAGCAACAAAGGAGAAGGAGCAGGCACUGGUGAGCCUGGAAAGUAUGAUUUCGUGACCCAGAAGGGUGAUAUAGGGCCACGGGGUCCUCCAGGAAUCCCAGGCAGAGAGGGACCAAAGGGAAGCAAAGGAGAGCGGGGCUACCCUGGGAUACCUGGGGAGAAAGGCGAUGAGGGUCUUCAAGGAAUUCCAGGCAUUCCAGGUGCUCCAGGCCUGACUGGGCCCCCUGGCUUAUUAGGAAGAACUGGACAUCCUGGUCCCACAGGAGCAAAAGGUGAAAAGGGCAGCGAGGGACCCCCUGGGAAACCUGGACCACCUGGACCACCUGGUAUUCCAUUCAAUGAAGGAAAUGGCAUGAGCAGUUUAUAUAAAAUUCAGGGAGGUGUGAAUGUUCCCAGUUACCCAGGGCCACCCGGUCCUCCUGGCCCAAAAGGCGAUCCUGGCCCAGUGGGAGAGCCUGGUGCAAUGGGAUUGCCAGGAUUAGAAGGAUUUCCAGGUGUAAAGGGAGAUCGAGGCCCAGCGGGUCCCCCAGGAAUAGCAGGGAUGUCGGGAAAACCUGGUGCCCCAGGGCCCCCAGGAGUUCCAGGGGAACCGGGUGAGAGGGGACCUGUUGGAGAUAUAGGUUUCCCUGGACCAGAAGGACCCUCAGGAAAGCCAGGAAUAAAUGGAAAAGAUGGAAUACCAGGUGCUCAGGGCAUCAAGGGUAAGCCUGGAGACAGAGGCCCCAAAGGAGAACGUGGUGAUCAGGGGAUUCCAGGAGACAGAGGCCCACAAGGUGAACGGGGAAAACCAGGCCUUACAGGCAUGAAGGGGGCCAUCGGUCCUGUGGGUCCCCCAGGAAACAAGGGCUCCAUGGGAUCACCUGGCCACCAAGGCCCUCCGGGCUCUCCAGGCACCCCUGGCAUUCCAGCUGAUGCAGUUUCAUUUGAAGAAAUAAAGAAGUAUAUUAAUCAAGAAGUCCUAAGGAUUUUUGAAGAGAGGAUGGCUGUGUUCCUAUCCCAGCUCAAGCUGCCAGCAGCCAUGUUGGCUGCCCAAGCUCAUGGGAGGCCUGGGCCACCAGGGAAGGAUGGGUUGCCUGGGCCACCAGGAGACCCUGGACCCCAAGGCUACCGAGGACAGAAGGGAGAAAGAGGUGAACCUGGAAUUGGGCUGCCAGGGAGUCCAGGUCUUCCUGGGACUUCAGCUCUGGGUUUACCAGGCUCACCAGGUGCUCCAGGCCCCCAGGGCCCCCCAGGACCUAGUGGAAGAUGUAACUCUGUACACAUGAUGUGCAACAAAGGGCAGCAAGAAAUGCCCGGUCCAGCUAAUUUAACAACAAAUGAAGUGGAGCUUUGGCAGUUGCCCAAUUCCUUUAAUAAAAAGAAAGUAAAUAAUUUGGGCCCCAAAAUGUUAGUGAUGUUCAAAGCAGGGGAGAAGAAUGAUUCAAAUUCAUGA